GAAAAAGGCAGACCUUUAUAAACCGUUAGCUCUCAUAAAGCUUUCGCAUUUUGGAAAGAGAUUCCCUGGCUUUCCAUGGCUAAAGCGGCACCUAACUUAUGUUUCUCUCCUCUAACUCUAAACCAAAACCGUAAAGAAAACUUUUUCUCAUCUCAAAAUGGUUGCUUUAUCCAUAAACCUUCUUUAAAGACUACAUUUCUCUCUCCAAUUUUCAGGUCUUGCAUCCCUAUCCGAAUCUCAGCUACACCCACAAGAACCAUUGAUCAUCAAGUUACAGAUUAUAAUGCAAAAAUCCUUCAUUUCUGCCAAUUGGGUGAUCUUGAAAAUGCCAUGGAAUUGGUUUGCAUGUGUGAAAAGUCUGAACUUGAAACUAAAACGUACGGCUCGGUUUUACAGCUUUGUGCUGGUUUAAAAUCAUUAACGGAUGGAAAAAAAGUUCAUUCAAUCAUUAAGUCUAAUAGUGUUGGAGUCGAUGAAGCCUUGGGCUUGAAGCUUGUAUCUUUUUAUGCAACUUGUGGAGAUUUAAAAGAAGGGAGGAGAGUUUUUGAUACGAUGGAGAAAAAGAAUGUUUAUUUGUGGAAUUUCAUGGUCAGUGAGUAUGCAAAAAUUGGCGAUUUUAAGGAGAGCAUUUGUUUAUUCAAGAUAAUGGUGGAAAAGGGAAUUGAAGUGAACUCUUACACCUUUUCUUGUGUUUUGAAGUGUUUUGCUGCUCUGGGUAGUUUAAAAGAAGGCGAAUGUGUUCAUGGGUAUUUGUUAAAACUGGGUUUUGGCAGCUGUAACAGUGUGGUGAACUCCCUCAUUGCAUUUUACUUCAAGGGCAAAAGAUCUGAAAGUGCCUCUGAACUGUUUGAUAAAUUGUGUGACCGAGAUGUUAUAUCAUGGAACUCUAUGAUAAGUGGCUAUGUAUCAAAUGGUCUUACAGAGAGAGGGCUGGGGAUCUAUAAACAGAUGAUGUAUUUGGGUAUUGAUGUGGAUUUGGCUACUAUUAUUAGUGUUCUUGUCGGUUGUGCAAAAUCUGGUACUCUUUCACUAGGGAAGGCUGUUCAUUCUUUGGCAAUAAAAUCUAGUUUUGAGAGGAGAAUCAACUUUAGUAAUACUUUACUGGACAUGUAUUCAAAAUGUGGUGAUCUUGAUGGUGCCUUGAGGGUUUUUGAGAAGAUGGGUGAAAGAAAUGUCGUGUCAUGGACUUCCAUGAUAGCAGGUUACACCCGAGAUGGCUGGUCUGAUGGAGCCAUCAUAUUGCUUCAACAAAUGGAGAAGGAAGGUGUUAAACUAGAUGUGGUUGCUAUUACAAGCAUUCUACAUGCUUGUGCUAGAAGUGGUUCAUUGGAUAAUGGCAAGGAUGUACAUGAUUACAUCAAGGCAAAUAACAUGGCAUCCAAUUUGUUUGUGUGUAAUGCAUUGAUGGAUAUGUAUGCUAAAUGUGGAAGCAUGGAAGGUGCAAACUCUGUUUUUUCGACGAUGGUUGUGAAGGACAUUAUUUCUUGGAAUACCAUGGUAGGAGGUUACUCAAAGAAUUGUCUUCCCAAUGAAGCACUUAAAACGUUUGCUGCAAUGCUCAAAGAACUGAAACCUGACAGUAGAACUAUGGCAUGUAUUCUUCCUGCAUGUGCCAGCCUAUCUGCUCUAGAAAGAGGCAAAGAGAUCCAUGGUUACAUAUUGAGAAACGGGUAUUCUUCGGAUCGACAUGUGGCCAAUGCACUUGUCGACCUAUAUGUCAAGUGUGGAGUUCUAGGUCUUGCACGUUUACUUUUUGAUAUGAUUCCUUCAAAAGAUUUAGUCUCAUGGACAGUAAUGAUCGCUGGUUAUGGUAUGCAUGGGUAUGGAAAUGAAGCUAUUGCUACCUUCAACGAGAUGAGAGACGCGGGAAUCGAGCCAGAUGAAGUCUCCUUCAUAUCUAUACUGUAUGCCUGCAGCCAUUCCGGACUACUCGAGCAAGGUUGGAGAUUCUUCUACAUAAUGAAAAAUGAUUUCAACAUCGAACCCAAAUUGGAACACUAUGCCUGCAUGGUAGAUCUUCUUUCUCGAACUGGUAACCUUUCAAAGGCAUACAAAUUCAUCGAAACAUUGCCUAUUGCACCAGAUGCCACAAUCUGGGGAGCUUUGCUUUGCGGUUGCAGGAUUUACCAUGAUAUUGAAUUAGCCGAGAAAGUUGCAGAACGUGUCUUCGAGCUAGAGCCGGAAAACACAGGCUACUAUGUACUGUUAGCAAAUAUCUAUGCAGAAGCAGAAAAAUGGGAGGAAGUGAAAAGAAUGAGAGAGAAGAUAGGGAAGAAAGGCCUAAGAAAGAACCCAGGUUGCAGUUGGAUAGAGAUAAAGGGAAGAGUUAAUCUCUUUGUGAGUGGAAAUAAUAGCUCACACCCACAUUCCAAGAAAAUUGAAUCUUUGCUAAAGAAGAUGAGAAGGAAGAUGAAGGAAGAAGGCUAUUUUCCUAAAACUAAGUAUGCUUUGAUUAAUGCAGAUGAGAUGCAAAAAGAAAUGGCUCUUUGUGGUCACAGUGAGAAAUUAGCCAUGGCUUUUGGGUUAUUAACCUUACCACCUCGAAAAACAAUACGGGUUACCAAGAAUCUCCGAGUAUGCGGUGAUUGUCAUGAAAUGGCCAAGUUCAUGUCCAAGGAAACCAGAAGAGAAAUCGUGCUGAGAGAUUCGAAUCGGUUUCACCAUUUUAAGGAUGGAUAUUGUUCUUGCAGAGGCUUCUGGUGACUAGGCUGUAGAUUAACAAGUAUGUUUUUUUUUUAAUCCCGAAUUCUUAUGUCAACGAAGAUUUAAGCAUCGUAAACAAUUAGCCAGUACGAUGUUAAGCUUA